AUGUCAUGGAGAAGAUUGACUUAUAACAAUUCAAGAUCUCCCAAAUGGUUGUUCUUAGUGACUUUAGCAACACAAGGAAGGCUAUAUACCAAAGACAAGUUGUUCAAGUGGGGCAUUACUGAAGAUCUUAACUGGCCAUUAUGUAUGCAGGCUGAAGAAACAGUUGAUCACUUGUUUUUCUCAUGUCAUGUAGCUGCACAAUUAUGGAAAGAUUUUUUGGUGUGGCAGGGAAUUAACAGAGAUCCAGUAGAGUGGAAGGAAGAGGUUCUGUGGAUGCUAAACUAUUGCAGAAAUAAAAAUGUUAUAGCCACUACAUACAAAAUGUUCUUAGCUGCAGCAGUUUAUUUUGCGUGGCAAGAAAGAAACAAGAUAGUUUUCCAGAAGACCAGAAGGCAGCCUGAGUUGAUUUUAGCUGAGUAA